CACGCGUUCAACGGCUGAAAAUACCGAUGUAAUGUUCAGACCCUAUUAGUCAUACUGGAAACCCCAAAUGGAUCGCUACGUGAGCUCCUUUCAUUAAGGAUGUUGUCUACGGGAAAAUUUUGACCCCUAACACACUUUAACAUUACUUCGCCAAUUAUAUAUAUAGAACAUUGGAUACAUCAAUUACCAAUCAACGUGAUAAUACCUCAGCAUGCAACAGUUGUAGUCUUCAUUUUCCUUAUUAUAUAGGUCCCCAAAAACCAAAGUGUAUUGUGAAAGUUAAUUAUACACCAGCAUCAAAAACGUAAUUUACAAAUGCUGGCAGCGCACAACAUCAACAAAAUUCAAGACCUUAGUCAUCCAAACUACCGUCUACUCGCCUAUAAUGAUUAUUUAAUUCAGCACAAUCAAUCACCGCCUCCGACAUCAAUUAAUAAUUUAGUGUCUACCCCAGACUCAACUUCGCGGAUAAAAACCAACAUUCAUCAAUCACUAACCUUAUCACACCAAAAGAAUUACAUCCUCUUUGAUCAAUAUUACAGAAGUGCUAUCAAAUUUCCACAGCAUCCAAUACUAUACAGAUGGAUCUUACCAACCAGAUAUUGGUACAAACGAUAUGCACAUGGGCUAUCCAAUUUAGAUGAACUCAACGUCACUUAUCAUGGCUCUUUACAAUACAUUCCGUCUUCAGUUAAAGCUGAAAUCAUGGCAAUUUUAACAGCAUUAAUUACCGCUCCAUUUGGUGGCCUUAUUACGAUCAAUACCGAUUCACAAGCAGCUAUAGAUGCAUACCAUAAAUCUGCCAACUUAUCCUCAAUUUCACCUCAAAGAUAUAAUAAAACUAAUAAUAACACACUUUGGACUUCUAUCCAUCAUAUUAUUCUAACUUUAAAACUUUAAUACUGUUAAAUUCAACAACAUUAAGGCGCAUUCUGGUGAUACAUCCAAUGAUAUUGCAGGCGCUCAUGUAAAAGAAGGAAGAUUUACACAAUUGCCAACUGCGAUCAUACAAGAGAAUUUACCGGAUCAAACUGUCACGCUAAUUUGGUACC